GAAGAAGUAAAUGUUAUCGACAAUUCUUUGGAGUUGAAGCACUUUCAUCACGCACCAAAAAAAGAGAAAAAUACAAUUCAUAUUACAUUUGAUCAUAUAAAUGUAUAUUUGUAUAAACUGUGGAGCUGAAUGCAAAGAGCUUUUUAGAAGAUAUUGCCCUAGCGUCCUUAAAAUUUUAAAAUGUGAGAAAUGUGGAUUGUUAGCUGACAAAUAUAUCGAAUACGAUCCUGUUAUAGUUUUCGUAGACCUUAUUCUGAUAGAGAAGCCAGCUUACAGACAUCUUUUGUACAACAGCGAUUUUAAAUCGUAUUGGAAGAUAAGUAUAAUAUUAUGGCUAGCCGAAUCGUUCAGAGCUUGGUCUUCCUGCGAUAUAAACGAAACAGGAUUAGUCUCGUCGGAAGUGGAUUUAGUUCAUAAUGAUGUACUGCGAGAUUAUUGCAAUUUUUAUAAUUUGCUGGUACACACAGCGAUCGCUUUUAUGGCAUUUAUUUGUGCAGUUAUUGUAGUGACCGAACUAAAGUGGUUUAUCAUCGGUAAAAAACCAUAUAAAUACAGCGUAAAAGAUUUAAGUUGCGCUCUAAUAGUCGGAGGCUGUGGUAAAUUACUGGGAUUUCUGGGAAUAGUGUGGAGGCACAUAGCCUCGGGUCCAUAUUACCUUCUCAUUCAAGGUUACACUGUUUUAUGUCUUUUAACUGCGUACUCGGUUGUCUGCAAGAGUGGAAGGGGAGAAUCUUUGAUUGGAUUAAUUACUGGUUUUCUAUUGUAUGGUUACAUAUGCACUUCCGUUUCUAAAUUGCACCUAAAUAUUCCCAAUAUCACGCUAACAUGACAUAAAAUAUCUGAUAAAACCCAUACAAUUUUUGAUCUUCAAGCAUCUUUAACAGGAAGAAUGCUCCAACCUAAUAUUAGUCUAUCAAAACCACAAGAAAAUAAAUUACACACAUUGUUAUCUUCCAACCAAGUGACAGAACACACCAUUCUACGAUGACCCUGAAAAUGUGAUUUAUAUAGCUUUUAUUAGGCAUGUUUGUAACAUGCAUAUAUUAAAUAUGUAUGUGCAUAUAUUAAAUAU